GACAAGACUUCUAUUCCGAUGAAAGAAGAUUCUAAAGAACGGAAGGACUUCUUCGAUAACCACUACCGAGAACGAAACGAAGAACUUUUCGCGUCAAGAUGUCAAAAUUUUAAGAUCAAAGCAAGUAAUCUUUUAAAUAGCGUUGGCUUUGGUAAAAAUAACACGAUGCAGAGUAAUUUAUUACAAAUCGUCCCUUUAUUAUUGACAUAUAAUAACCUCUUAACCCCUCGCUGA